AUGACGUCAGCGCCCGGCGAACGCGAAUCAGGCGGAAACACAGUUCCGCCCGGCGAUUAUAGGCGAUUACAGACGACUCAAUUAAUCAAAUUAAGAUCUGUAAAAGCCGGAAGAAUCGUAGUUGAACAAAGUAUAGUUUGGUAAAUAAAAAUGAACAAAGUAUCACUAAAUGAAGCGUAAAUUAAAUUGAAAGCAGGAAAACAGAGUUCCGGCGUCGCGACGGCGAUGCGUCGGCGAUGCACCGGAAUCCUGAGCGUUCGGGAGGAUCGUCGUGCAGUGUCCACGGCCUCGAAGGCUCUCCUUGGACAAAGACGACGUGGGCAAUCUCUAGAUAAAGCAGGAAAACAGAGUUCCGGCGUCGCGACGGCGACGCGUCGGCGAUGCACCGGAAUCCUGAGCGUUCGGGAGGGUCGUCGUGCAGUGUCCACGGCCUCGAAGGCUCUCCUUGGACAAAGACGACGUGGGCAAUCUCUAGAUCUUCUCGCGAAGUCUAGAGACCAAUGAAGUGGGUCGUCGAAUCGUCUCCGGCGGCUGUCACCCGGCGGAGCGGAAAAACGGCGACUUUGCGGCUCUCCGGCGGCUGUCACCCGACGGAGAGGGGCUGGAUGGAGGUGAGGCGCGUGUUAGGGAGCUUCAUCCUCAGGUCCGCGCAGCAAGAGGAGGCUCUUCAUCGCAUCUGGUACGCUCUCAGGAGGUGGCGACUGGUCUCCCGGCGGAUCGUCCUCUUCCCGACGACGGCUUGUUCGUCGAUCAAUCGGAGAUGA